AUGGGCGAGGUGCUCCUUGACAAGCAGAGCCAGGACGCUGACGCCAUGGCGGAGAGCGAGGCGGUGAAGCGCGCGCUGGGCGUCGUCAUGUUGCUCGUCCUGGGCGCCGCGGCCUACCUGGUGAUGCACACCCUGCGCCUGCUGUGGCCGGCGCGCUACGCCAUCGGUGCCCUCGUGGCGGCGGGGGAGGUCGCCUUCUUCGUCCUCUGGUGUCGCCGCUACACGCAGCUCAACACGCAGCCGGACGUGCACGCGCCGGCGCACGUCGACUCGAUGCGCCUGUUCGACCGCUUUGUGUCGCUCUGCUACAGCCUGCCAGACGGAGUGGACCUCGAAACUUAUCUCAGCGCCUGGUUCAGGGGCGCGCGCGUGGAUGAGAUCAUGCGCGGCAACAUGGAGGAGCUGAUGGCGUACGGGUUUUGGUACAAGUCGCGGCAGGAGAUGGCGGCGGAGGGCAUGGGCCACGUGCCUGGAGCCAUGGUGGAUGAGCUGGAAAAGGCCUUUGAGCACCAGUUCCCGGGCGGCUCCUAA